GUCAUGUUGCAUCCACACUUCGGACUGUCCGCAGAUCAAUAAUCCACAAGGGCUCGAGUAUAACACAGACCAUCAAUGGACUCAAACCUCUACUCUCCCAUCCUUGAGUUAUCUGUCGUCUGUUCCCAUAGCCAUCUUCUAUCAUGUCUGACACAUCUAGACUCUGCACCGUCGAACUUCUCCAGUCUUGGCGAGGUGGGGAAGGGCCCCAACAACAUUGUCCCCUUCGCUGGGCUAUCUACGUCGAAACUAGCCCUGGUAUAAGGAACAUCUAUCAGAUCAUCGGGAACUCCGAUAACUAUGCCAUUGGUGUCGGACGCGACCAGCCUCUCAAAAGGGACUUGUACGAUCGUUUGAGUAUUGGAACAGUCACCUUGGAGGAGCUCGGCGAAAUGGAGGGAAUCCUCGAAACAGUUGAGAUCGUGCGCAAUGUUCCCAGUUGGAACAACAAUGAUUGGAUUAUAUCCGCCCUGGGCACUCUCUCGCAGUCAAAGCUGUCAGGCAUCAUGCCGAAAACUAGAUUGGCUAGGAAUCGAACAUGUGAUGGAAGUUGUGGGUGGCAAUCCUGCAGAUGUAGUGGGCACUCGCAUUAAGAAAAUGCAUGAAUGGCACUGAACUUCGCGCCUAAAUGCG